AUGACCUCCACUUAUUCGGCUGCUGGUAGGCCGGAUGGCUAUUGCCAUUCCUUAACCACGAGCAGCUCCUACGGCAGCCUUAGAUCCCAGUCCCAGUCCAACACUGUGCACCAACAUCCUGAUCUCCAGCACACACCUCCGACACCAAAACCUGAUGCCGGCGUUGAUAUUUUAUCAUCGAAUCCCAACGAUUCUAUUAACUCUGCCGCUCCCAUCAGUGAGUGGGCCGAUGCGGUCCUCUCAUCUGCUCUUGCAAGCGAAUCCGACAGCCAGCCAGGCGGCCUCCUUAGUGAAAAUCACACCCAACCCGCUCAUUCGAUCCCGUCGUCCUCUCUCUCUACGCCCACCUCCAACCCUGCGAAUAAUCUCUCAUCUUCUCCUGCGACCGCCAUCUCCAACUCUUCCAAACGCCAGGCUCGCAAGCCAUCGCCCGGCCUAGCAGCACGUCUAAAGGCGCUUGGGUUUGGCACUAAGACCUCACCGCCAGCCACGCCGACCACGACCGACGACGCCGCGUCUCUCGGCCCUUUGGACCGCGUCGGCAAGCUUAACCAACAACAUAUCCGCCAAAUCGACGAGUCUCACCAGCAAAAUUCGAAAAUAACGGUUGUCGAGCGUCGCGGUCGCCCUUGGAAGGGUCUUGGCCUCGGCCUCCUUCUCGACCCGAGUCUCGCCGCUCCGCUCGGUCCCUAUCGCGCCCCCGACUUCAGGAGACGAGACAGCGCCUGA